AUGGAUUCAUUCAACGAGGGCUCUUCUCCUCGGCCACGCCACCUCGAUCUCGAUCCUUUCGCUCCUCUCUCAGAUGAUCUCGUCGCGCACAUUCUCGCGCUUGUGGCCUCUAACGGUUUCUGCUUCCACCCCAAGCCGCGCCUUACAGCCGCCGCUGUUACUUCUGGCACCACCACAGCCACCGCCGCCGCCGCCGCCGCCGCUAUCGCCGUUUCUGCCGCUGUGGAGGCUAAUGCAGACGGGGGCGACGGUGCUUCUGCGGAGCGCGACGAUGGGAUCGCCGGAAACGUGGGGAAUGCUGUUAACGUGUCGGUCAACAACGGGGACGGGUAUGCGCGUGGCGACGCUAGCGAGGACGAGCUGCACAAGUGCAUCGCGCGGGCAGUGAAAACAGAGUGCGCGAGUUGCCUACGCGUCAUCUACCUCACCAGCGCCAUCUUUUCCGAGGCCAACGCGACCGCCGCCAAUUACGCUCGAAUAAUGACGCACCCUAUCAUGGAUCCCGAAGAUCCCGCGGAUCCCGCGGAUCCCGCGGAUCACGGCACGCCGUCAGCGGAGCACAUCCUCGCCUCCGCCUAUCCGCCCCCCCUCUGCGGGACCUCCGCUGACUCCGCGCCCCUUCCGCCUCUGCUUCCGCCUCCGCCGCUCACCGUGUUCCACCACGCGCUCGUGUGCAAGCGCCGGCUCCGCUUGGCGCGCUUCAGCCUCCCCGCCAUCCUCCUGCAACACCACCGCCGCCUUUCCACCCAAACCUUCCGCUCCUUCCUCUCCUCCCCACCUCCUCCCUCCCUCUCCCCUCUCACUCCCGCCUCCGCUUCCGCCUCCGCCGUUUCCCCCUCCUUUCCCCUCCACUCCCCGCUCACCCUGCAGCACCUGCACAUCGGCCCAUCGGCUCUAGACGCCAUAACAGACGAUCUCCUUCACUCCAUCGCCACGGGGUGCGCGCCCUCCCUCACGCACCUCUCGCUGUAUAGUCACAGGAACCUGCGCUAUUGGAACCCGAAUCGCCCCCCCGAAGAUCCCGACAUUGCCGUUACGAAAGUAACGGAGCCCGCCUUUUCCGCGCUUUUCGCCGCCUGCCGCCGCCUGGUCAGCUUGAAACUUGUGGUGCCCCUGUGCCUGCCCGAGCUGCCCGCUUCCGUGAGCCUCCUGCAGCGGCUGACGAGGCUGGACGUUUCGUUCGACCGAGACGAACGGGAUAACAGGCCGGAUCCAGAGCCCGAGCCGCGCUUCCCCGAGAGCGUUGGCUCACUGUCCGCGUUACGGUCGCUUCGCAUCCGCGAUACUUACGUGCGCGCCCUCCCGCACACCCUCUCCCGCCUCCGCUCCCUCACCUCGCUGAAAAUCGACGGCUGCGCCGCCCUUCGGCAGCUGCCCGACGGCCUCGGGCAUCUAAAAAGUCUGCAACACCUGGAUCUGGCGAAGUUACCUGCCCUGGAAUCCCUGCCGCACUCCAUCGGCCUGCUAUCAUCCCUCGAAACCCUCCACCUGCGCGACGUCAAUGUCGACUCUCUCCCAAACUUCUCCUCUGCCCACCUCUCGUCCCUCAAACGCCUCCUCCUCACCAGCCUCGCGCACCUGGAAUCUCUUCCUGACGGCAUUGGAGAGCUGCCCUCGCUGCAAGAACUGACCAUCAAGUCCUGCGCUCGUUUAGCCGCUCUCCCAGCGUCGCUCUCCGCCCUCUCCUCCCUCACUGCGCUCACCGUUCAGCACUGCGAUUCUCUCGACUCCUUACCGGAGGAUAUUGGUGACGUUCCUCGCCUCGCAUCCCUCGUGCUCGACGAUCUCCCCUCCCUUGCGGCGAUUUCGGACUCUCUCGCUCUCCUCUCGUCCCUAAUGCACCUUCAUGCGGCGAAUUGUCAGGAUCUGGCGCUGCUGCCAGCGUCUUUCGCGGGGAUGCAAUCAGUCUCUCAGCUGCAUCUCCUCGGGUGUUCUUUGGGAUCCCUGCCCGAAGAUUUGGGGCAGGUGUCCGGGCUGACCGAGCUGCAACUAAGCAAAGUUGCAGGUCUCCACCUCCUCCCCUCCCUUCUCCACCUAGACAUACGUGACUCCCUCUCUCACCUCCAACGCCUCCAUCUCCUCCGGAUGGACUUUUCCAACCUGCCCGAGGACCUUGGGCAGAUGCAAGGGCUGCGCGUUCUAACCAUAGACACCUUACCGAACCUCUCAACACUCCCCGCCUCCCUCACCCUCCUCACCUCCCUGCAGCACCUCAUGGUCUCUCUCUCUGACACAUUCUCCUCCUUACCAGAGGAUGGAUUCGGCAAUCUCUCCUCUCUCCUCAAUCUCAGCCUCAAACACCUGCCGCUGCUGCUCAAGCUGCCCGCGGCCGUGUCGCGCCUGGCUUCGCUGCAGGUACUGGACGUGGAGCACUGUGAAAAUUUGAGCGAGCUGCCUGAGGGGUUGGAGAGCGUGAGGAGCUUGCGGGAGGUGUAUGUGGAUGGAUGCAGCCAGUUGGAGGAUGCGCUUGAGCCACUGCUGGCGCGGGCAGGGACAAUUCAGGUGCAUAUGUAG